AUGUCUGACGCCGGAAGUUGUGAUGGGGCCGCAGCCUCUGGGGAUGCAGUUGAUGACAACAUUCAUGGACAGCCACAACAAGCUAAUGAAGAACAGGCAUCUCCUGCUCCAACUUCUCGAAUUUCAGUCAGAAAGGCAGUAGAAGUAAUCCAGACAUUUGACGAAUACAAGCGGUGGCUCAUUACUGAAAUUGGGUUUGGAGGAAUGCUAAAGCUACCCUUGCUCCAGAAGCUUAAUCUUAAGUUUAGCGCCUGGACUAUGAGCAAGGUCUGCGUUGAGCCUCGAGCGAUUGUUCUGUCAGAAACGAAGAUACUAAAGUUUUUUGCGGAAGACAUCCACAAGGUUUUUGGCAUCCCGUGUGGACACUGGAGUGUUAAAGGGCGCGAUGGUUUCAUCAAGCCAGAAGCGGUAACAUUCAUAAAGAGGACGCUAGGGAUGGACAGGACGGGAGUGCAUAGCCUGCGUGCGGCCGAGGAAUUCCUUCUCCGUGACAUAUCCGAGGCUUCCAGCAAGAUGGAGAAGGAUUGCUUUCAGAUUGCAUUUGUCAUUUUUGUUAUGGGCCAUGUGCUGGUACCUAGAACAAAACAUGAUUAUGGCACCAUAGACUACUGGGGUGCGUUGGCAAAUACGGAGAACAUAUCACAAUUCAAUUGGUGUGAGUUUGUACUUGAGUUCUUGCUUGAGGCAGUCCGGCGGCUUAAGAAUGAUAUGAUGGACAACAAUAUGAACACCAAUCUGGUUGGUUGCCACUUGUUUUUCCAGAUUUUCUUCCUUGACAAUGUCGACCUUGGAAUUUUCAACAAGAACCACAAUGUUCUUCCUCGCAUUAGUGACUUUGAUCAGACCAACAUCAAGAACAUGAUAACAAUGGCGACUGACAUUGGGAAGGGCCCUACGUCCUACUCGAAAUGCAUGAUUCGUCAGGGUACUGAUCUAUGCUAUGCUCGUUGCAACAUUGCUGAUUGCACUGAGAGAACUUCCAACCAGCCAGUUGAAGGCGGCAAUAUGGAGGAAGAUGUUUGCAAGUUCACGAACGACAGGAAUGAUUCAGCUCAUGUAUCUUCUUCAGCAGCCGGCAACCUAAUGGAUGUACAUACACCACUACCUAUGCUUGGACCAAUGGACUUUAUAGAGCACAUGUGGAGCCGAUACCCCAGUCUGGUUGAGUUUUAUACUAAAGGAGCAGAAUGCCAAAUGCCAGCGUGA